AUGACUUAUAAGAUAAUCAUUUUUCUAUUUGUUUUAUCAACAUCUAUUGUUGUCAAAAGUUGUUUUUUUAUUGGAAAAACACAAUCUGUUAAAGCUAGAGGUCAAGUUUUUUGUAAAACUGUUCCAACUGCAAAUGUAAUAAUUAAACUUGUAGAAAAAGAUUAUAUAACACGAAACGAUAUUUUAAGUACGACAACUAGUGAUGUUGAUGGAUAUUUUAAACUUAAAGGAUCAUGCAAGCAAUUUAGUACAAUUGAUCCUUUUCUUGAAAUACAUCAUAGAUGUGGAUUAUAUCCACCGAAUUGCCAUGGUGUUGUUACAAUGGAAAUUCCAAAAAAUUAUAUUACUGAUGCAAGUGAAGCAACAACAUGGUUUGAUGCUGGUAAUAUAAAGUUAGGACCGACUGCAAGAACUUUUUCAAGAGUUAUUUGUAGAAGAUAA